GUGGAGAUUAUCUAAAGGAGCAUCCAACGGCCGAGAUGAUUUCUCCCUCCCAUUCCAUCCUCUCCGAAACGAGAGGAGCAAGAGUAACGCUGCGGGUGCGGAGAACAUGGCAUCAGUAGCCGCGGCGAGUCCAUCCUUCGUCCUCCUCCUCGCCGCUUCCCCCAAAACCCUCUCCCUCGUCACCUCUAAACCAACUCUCUCUCCUCCUCCUCCUCCUCCUCCUCCUCCUCCUCCAUUGCGACCCAGCCACUCCCAACGGAGGAGAAGCGGAAGAAGCGCUUCUCGCAAAAGCACUCAUCUUUGGAGAACUCGCGCCGCUUCCGGGGCGGAGACCACAAUUGAGAAAGCCCAACAGGUUAUUCCCGCUGCUUCCGACGAUGGCAGCGUCUCCACCGUUGUCUCCGCUCUCCUCUUCUUCGCCUUUAUUGGUCUCUCCGUCCUCACCAUUGGGGUAAUCUAUUUGGGAGUGCAAGAUUUUCUGCAGAAGAGGGAAAGGGAGAAAUUUGAGAAAGAAGAGGCUGAGAAUAAGAAGAAGAAAGGUGACAAGAAGGGGAAAGUCAAGGCUAGGGCUGGGCCGAGAGGCUUUGGACAAAAGAUUGAGGAAGAGGAAGAGUAGUCCCAUGGUAGAAAGGCGUGUGCAGGUAACAAUUUCUUUCUUUUGGUCGAUUUUAGAUCAGCUUCUACAUCUGCCAAAUUGCAGAGUGUAUGAUAUUGAACAACAGUUGCCCAGUUAUCUGCUUGUUCUUGCGAGGAUAGUCUGAACUUGGAUUUUUCGACAAUUUUCUUUUCUUCCCCCUCUUCUGCUUCAUGGAGCGGAAAGUUUAUUUGUUCGGAAGCUGUAUACCUAUUCACCUUUUUUUUUUUAAUUUGAUAUCUUUGAUUCUCUGAAGAUUGAAUUUACUAUUAUUUCUGUUCGUUGGUUGGUCGAGAAGUCAUUUUCUUAGAAAUAAACUCAUAUAGAAAUGUGAAGUAACUAGGCUUUGAGCUUAAAAUUCGAAUACUAAUGAUCAAGUAUUUAGUCAACUGCGCUAGUUCGCAGUAGGUCAUAUUAGUUAUGUUGUAUAACACACAACACAUUGUUCCAAGGAAUAAAUAAAUUCGGCUCAAUUAAUUGAUUUUUGGA